UUACGUCACUGGAGCGAAUACGAAAAAAGAGAAAAAGAAAAAACAUUAGUAAAAUGGAGAAACUAGAUAAGUAAACAGAAUAUUCAGUUUGUUCCUAUUGUUGUUUAUUAUUAUGAAGAAGUAUACCGUUCAAAGAAAGUCGUAAUAUUCAUAUAUUCCAAAGUAUACAUCUACAAAAUGAGUGAUCUAUCAGAUACAGAAAUUAAGUUACAAUUGAGGCAGGAUAUUUUCAAGGAAAUAAAAUUUUUCAUCAGUGGAGAAGUUCAGGAAAAGAUAGUGGAGUUAUUGAAGAGUGGUGGUGCUGAGAGACUCAAUUACUUUUCUGAUUAUGUUACUCAUCUUAUAGUGGGUGAGAAUCCAGAAGAAAAUGAUAUUGCAGAUGCAAAUGAUAUAUAUGAGAUACCUGCUGUAACUCCUAAGUGGGUGAUUAUAAGUGCUGCAUUGAAAAAGCUUGUCCAUGUUAAACCUUAUCUUUACUUUCCUAAUGGAAAAUUAUUCUCCAACCUUGUGUUUUGCUUCAGCUCCAUAAGAGAAGAUCGUAAUGUUUUAUGGUCUCUUAUUACCUUUAACGGAGGUAUAGUGCAGUUGAAUUUGAAUAGAAAAUGUGAUUAUCUCAUUACAACUAAUACUCUUGGCUACAAAUAUGAAAAAGCAGAAAGUCUAGGGUCAGAUAUAAUUAAAAUUGUUACCCCAGAUUGGGUUGUUGAAGCUGUGAAGCACAAUUCGUAUCCAGAUUUUUCAUUAUUUCAUCCUAGCUUGAUUGAUUGGCCUAAACCCCUUAAACAUGAGAGCACCACUGCUAUAACUGGAUUUGAACCAGAGCAAGUUAUCGGUGAAGAACAAAAUGAAGAAAAAGUUAUAUCUGAUUCUACCCAAGCACUCUUAGAAAAAUUAAAACAGAGAAUGCCAUGGAAUCAGCCCAGUACUCCUCUAAUUACAUCUAGCUCAGACCCAGUGGCUCCGCCAAAUGUUGUGGCUCCGCCAAAUGUUGUGGCACCGCCAAAUGUUGUGGCUCCUCCAAAUGUUGUAGCUCCACAAAAUGUUGCUCCUCCAAAUGUUGUUGCUCCAACUUUUAAAUCUGCCCACUUACCUAAUCAUAUACCAAGGGUCCAGCAACCCACACAGACAGUUUCUCAACUUCAACAUCAAACGCAAGCUGCACCUCAAGUAUCUUCAAAUUUUCCAUUAGUUUCAAGAUCACCAUCCACUUCUUUACCAAAUCAACAAUUACAAAAAACUAUUAUACAUCACACACCUACUCCAACAGCAAACUAUCAACAACAGCAGCAUAAUCCUUUAAAUAUAAGCAGGUUAAUAGGUCAGCCUCAACAAAGAUCGAACUUGCAAGUACGUCCCCAGUUGGGACAAGCGCAGUUGAAUCAACAACUUCUUCAGCAGCAAAAUCAAAAUAAUGUUAUCCAGAGGACAUCUGCACAAAUACCAAUUCCACAACAAAUAUUACAACAGCAGCUUCAACGUCAACUAGCACAAAGGCAACUUCAAAGUCAGCUAUUACAACAGCAACAGACCAGUACCAAUCAGCAACAAAUUCAGGAUCAGCAACAUCUAGGGCCAAAUCAACAUCUUGGACAAUUGAGUCAGCAGCAACUUAAUCAGUUGCAGCAGCAACAAAUUCAAAUAAAACAAAAUCAACAAAUUCAAAUUGUUCAAAAUCAACAAGUCACUUUGAACCAGUCCAAUCAUCAGCAACAAAUUCCUGUUUCACAGAAUCAACAACAGGUACAGAUGAAUGCUAGUCCUCAACAAAUUCAGGUUAAUCAAACUCAACAACAAAUUCAGUCAGGACAAAGUCAACAGCAGAUUCAAGUUAGCCAGAAUCAACAACAGAUUCAAUCUAAUCAAGGUCAGCAACAUAUUCAGUCUAACCAAAAUCAACAGCAGAUGCAACUUUCAACUGGUCAGCAACAUAUGCAGCUGAACCAAAACCAACAACAGAAUCAACUGAAUCAAAAUCUACAACAAAUACAGCUGAAUCAAAAUCAACAACAAAUUCAACAAACCCAAAAUCAGCAACAGAUUCAAUUGAAUUCCACCCAGCAACAAAUUCAGUUGAAUCAGAACCAGCAUCAGUUACAGUUGAACCAAAACCAACAAAUGCAGCAAACCCAGUCUCAAAUUCAGUUGAAUCAAAACCAACACAUUCAGCUUAAUAAAAAUCAACAAGUACUGAAACAACAGCAACUACUUCAAAAUCAGAUCUUGCAAACACAAAAUCAGAUAAAUCAACAAAGUCCCCAACAAAUACAAAUAAAUCAGGGACAAAGUUUUAUUCAACCGAAUAUGGGUCAACUUAUCUCCCAAAAAAAUCAGCAGAUUUUGCAUCAGAAACAGCAACAGUUUUUGAACCAACAGCAAGCUGUAACUAGUCAACAACAAACUUUACAUAAUCAACCAAAUUUAGCUGUACAGCAACAACAAUUUGUAGGCUCAUCUUUUAGUCAAACUCAAGACUUGGGUCAGCGAAACAUUUCUCAACAAAGUUUGAACCAAGUAAUUAAUCAGCAAAAUUUGAAUCAAAAUUUAAAUGUACAAGUUUUGAAUCAGCAGUUGAGUACUCAGAACUUGGGACAACAACUUAAUCAGCAACAACUUAAUCAACAGCAGGUAAAUCAACAGUUAGCCCAACAAAUUAAUCCUCAGGUUCAACACAACCAACUUGGACAACAAAUUGCUCAACAGGAACAAUUAGAUCAACAUUUGGGGCAACAAAACCAAUUGAAUCAACAGCAAAUUGGACAGCAGGCACAGUUGAAUCAACAAAGUCAAAUUAACCAGCUUUCUCAACAAAAUCAAUUGAGUCAGCAGAUUCAGCAAAAUCAAUUGAAACAAAUUAAUCAGCAAAGUCAGUUCAAUCAACAGCAGAUGAAUCAGCAAAAUCAAUCUAAUGAACAAACUUUGGAGCAAGGCUUGGGACAGACUAUGCAAGUUUUAAACCACGUUAAUGUAGGUAUUAAUCAACAGUUGCAGCAACAACUCAAUAGACAAUCUCUCCAACAGCAGCAACUACAACAGCAAGGACUGAAUCAACAAAAUUUACAAUCACAAUUAAAUCAGGUUAAUCCGAGUCUACCGCAACAAGUGGUCCGUUCACAAUUCCAACAGCAGCAGCAACAAAUUGUCAUCAACCAGACUUCUCCUCAGAAUACCUCACCUCAAAGAAGUCAACUAAACCAACACCUGUGGCCACAGCCCCCACCUCAAGUUGCUGGUCAACAGAUAAUCAGGCAUCCUGUCAACGUGAUUCAACAAGGUUCGUCUAGAGUGCUAUGGUCCCCAAAUUCCCAGCAAGGUGCUGCCAUAAUGCAAAGACAGUUCAUACAGUUGGAUGCUAAGACCCAUCAGGAGUUGCAAAAAAUGGGGCGGGAUGAACAGGCAGUUUUUGUUGCAAAAUUACAAAGACAAAGACAGUUUUUGAAACAAGUUCAACAACGAGGAGGUGGGGGAAGUCAUAUUCUUAUCAGAGGCAAUGUUCCACCUGGUCUGACCCCACAACAGCAAAUGCAGUGGGUGCAACAACAAGCUAAACAACAGGGAAUCAUUCUUCCACCUAAUAUUCAACAGAACAUCACUCCUGGAACUCUUACGCAGCCUGGUUUGAAUCAAAAUAUUCAGCAUGCACCAGGUUUGAGUCCUAUUAAUCAGAAUCCCACACAGUUCACGGAUCAAAACCUUCAAAUAAGACAGUUUCGCUUACACCAGUUGCAGUUGCAGAGAGAGCAGGCUCAGAAGAAUCAUCUUGCUCAACAGCAAGGUACAAUUCAACAACCUUCUGUAGUUCGUCCAAUUGGUCAAACUCAGCUUGCAGAUUCAACUACUAAUCCCACUCAGCUUCAAGAUGCCAACAUACAACAUCCCUUGGUGGUUAACGCAAAAACUAAAACAGCCCUUGCCAACAUGCUGAGCAUUAAAUUACAAAGUGGAGGGUCAUCUGUUGGAGUGCCAAGGCCAGAUGCAAUACAAGAACCAUCAGCUGCUGGAACACUCAGAUUAAUGACUGCACAACACAAUGCUGCACUGAACAGUAAACCCCAAGAAAUUAUAGCGAUGCAGCGAAGAACAAUCAAUGGACCGAAUGGAGAGAUCAUAAAGCCACCAGGAGCCCAGCAACUACCAACCACACCCACAAAUGAUCCUCCCAAAUUGCAGUACUGCCCCAAACCAACACUUCCCUUACAACACAGACCAGGUCCUUUUUAUGGCCACAAUCCAAAUCUGAAACUUCCUCCAGAUUUGUUUCUCUUGGGAUGCAUAUUUGUUGUGGUUGAGGUGGACAAUUUCUUGGAAGAGAGUAUACCAGGUUGGCAACAAAAAAUUGAAAAACAUGGAGGAGAAGUUGAAAAACAAUACUGCAGUCGUGUAACACAUGUUCUGUGUGAAACCCAACGACAUGGUGUAGUAAUGCAAGCAUUACGUGACUGUAAAAGAUGUGUUACGAUUCUUUGGCUCAAUGAUGUCAUGACAAGAAGGCAAGUGCUACCACCUUGGACCGCACUACACCUCCCUAAUAUAUAUCUUGAUACAGCCCCUGCUGCUAAACACUUGAUGGCUAUUAGUGGUUUCGAAGGAAAUGAAAGAAGUAGAAUUAAGCAAAUGGUGAAAAAUACCGGAGCAAAAUGUACAUCUUAUUUUUCCAAACACAACACUGUACUGAUAGCAGCUAAAGGCGAUUGUAAAAAGUGUUCAUAUGCUAAAAAAUGGCAAAUUCCAGUAGUGAAUGUACAGUGGUUAACGGAUGUAAUGCUUGGUCAUUUUUCUGCCAUGAAUCAGAUGGAACAUCAGAUUUACCAGCAGUUUCCAAAUCCUCCGAAUUUCAGUUUUGACCCAAAAUUAGUUCCAAACUUGAUGGUUGCCUGGAAGGCCCCCAUAAAUAUUUCACAAGAAUCCUAUGAAAGAGUCAAAAGAAGUGCUUCUCCUAUAGUAUUACCAAAAAAACCGAAAAUUCCAAAAAUGGAAACAGAUGAAAAUGACAAUAUUAGUGAGGAAUACAUGGCAAAUUCCACUUAUAAAAUUAUGUUUUCCAUGUUUAGUGAUACCAAACAAAUGGAGAAAAUGGUUAGAGAUCUUGGUGGCUGUGUAGCAAAAAGUAAUCACGAUUUCACACAUCUCGUCAUGUCCCAUCUAGCACGUUCUAAUAAGUUAUUUUAUGCUAUUGCGAGAGGAGCUAAGGUAGUUUCAGAUCAUUGGUUGAAAGAGUCCCAUGAGGCAAACCAAUUCCUCCCAGAAAACAAUUACAGUCCUGAAUCAAAUGACUUCAAUUCUGAGUUCAAAUGCGAUAUUGAUCAGACAUUCCUUAUGAGAAAUAGGAAUCGACUAUUUGAGGGGAAAUUUUUCUUUGUCACUCCCAGUGUAUUUCCAAGUAAAAGAGUUGUUGUUGAGCUCAUUCAAUGUUGUGGGGGGAUUGUGGAAAGACGAAGACGAAGUUCCGCUCAGAUUGAGGCAACAAGUAAUAAUUCCCCUUAUACUUAUUUUAUAGUUACACAUGAGAAUGAUUUGCAUCUGGUGGGGGAUUUACUUAGAAAUAAGAAGGAUAAAAUGAAGAUAGUGUGCAAUGCAGAAUUGAUUUUCAGUUCAAUUUUGAAACAAACAUUCGAGGUGGAAGCUUUUGCGGUUUGUGUAUUAUGAUUUCAUAAUUUUUUUUUUAAUAAUUGUUCAAUGUUAGAUCAUCAUUGAAAAUGUAAAUUGGAAAUUUCUUUGAUUUAAAUUUUUAUUGUGACAUUGUUUUGAAAACGAUGUUUAUCACUAAGCUUUAACAAACAAGAAUAAUUUUAAAAAAUGUAUAUAAUUUUUUUCUGUCUUUAGUUAUCAUCUGAACCAUAACUAAAACAGUAAUUACAAUUUAGUGAUGUCAUCUUGACUUUCAAUUGAGUUACAGUUAUAAUGAACUCCUGAUAAGUAGAAUUUAGAACCUGUAGUGUAAAAUGAACUGUUGAAAACACUUUAAAAAAAAAUGUAUGAACAAUUUUUUUAUAUAAUCAUUAUAAAUUAUGAUUUUUUUCUAUUUAGACUAAUUAAUAUAUGUUUAGUAUUGUGAUAUAGUUUAUGCAUUAAUAUUGGAGUUAUAUAUUUAUAA